CCAACACCCCAUUGAGUUCACUUUUGUUUUCAUUCGAGUGUCAGACUAACUAGAUAAAGAAAAGAGCAUCUCCGGAGCUCUGACUAAAGAAAAGUUGCAUUUUCCGUGGUUUAGCUCUUUGUACUACAGUGUGUGGAAAGGAAGUGAACACACAAGAUGAAGUUACUAGCGUUAGUGCUGGCGUCACUAAUCGCCAUCUGCCUAGCUGAACCAAAGCCUGCCAUCAACGAAGUCAAAUCGAACCAGCCACAGCAAAAGCCGGGUCGAUUUCUAUCACUGCCGGUGCCAGAAAAAUGCGCAUCACGUACGAAAGCGUUCAACUACCGUGGACACAAUUAUUUCUACAGUGCCCACGUACCAGCUUUGGCCGACAAACGCGUCGACUGGCUGGACGGGCGUAACAUUUGCCGUGAAUAUUGCAUGGACCUGGUGUCACUCGAAACACAGGAAGAGAACAAUCUCAUCUUCCGUUUGAUUCAGCAGAACGACAUUCCGUACAUCUGGACAGCUGGUCGCUUGUGUGACUUUAAGGGCUGCGAAAACCGGCCCGAUCUGGAGCCGAAGAACGUCUACGGAUGGUUCUGGUCCAACAACCGCGAGAAGAUCCAAGCCACCAACAAGAUCCCCAACGGCUGGGGCUACAACCCAUGGAGUAAAUCAGGCCACAAAAAGAUCCCACAACCGGACAAUGCCGAGUUCGAUAUCAACCAAACGACCGAGUCCUGCCUUUCAGUUCUUAAUAACGUAUACAACGAUGGCAUCGGAUGGCAUGACGUUGCCUGCUACCACGAGAAACCGUUCGUGUGCGAAGAUUCAGAAGAACUACUGAAUUAUGUAGCUGCCACAAAUCCAGGAAUCCGUCUAUAAUUCUCCAUAGAAAGGUCCACUAGAUAAGCGUAAGAGCAUCUCCUCGAACUCAGCACCCGUAAGCUUUACCAGAAAGCUUUCUUCCACAAACAACGCACCAUGAUUAAGCAAUGGUACAUUGUCCUCAUCGUAAUUGCCACGAGGAUGAACCACACCUAUCUGUGAACUAGAAGCUGUUCUUUCAUACUCACCAACAAACCAAUAAAAGCUAAGCAGCAAUGUCGACGAAGGUAGAAAUUUUGAACUCAAAAUAACAUUUUCCAAACAGCACAAAAAGAAAACAAACACUGCGAAUGUUACCUUAAUAUGUAUUUAUUUUAAAAAUAGCAUCUUGAAGGUACUUUACCGAGUGAAUUUCUUCAAACUAAAAUUGCUGCGAAAUGAACAACACAAAGGUUAAAUAAAAAGUGAAACGUGAAAUUUUUAAAAUUAUAAAAAAUGU